UAUCGUGAUUAAAAAGUGAGCAUAUAAUUAAGUUAAUUGUUGGUGGUGCAAGUUUAAUGAUGGUAAAGUUGAUUGUGAUUAGAAUAGUAAAGUUUUAAUCAUUGUAAUUGUUAAUAUAAGUCUAGUUUUUAAUAUUUGAUUGUCCAUUUCAAGUCCAACUUUUUGUUAAUUGUCCUCUAAUUGUGAUAACUAAAGGGUUAACAAAUUACUACUUUAACUAUUGAUUAAUUGUGAGUCUAUAUAAAAUGGAUUAAUCUUCAAUAACCUCUUAUAGUAUCAUCAUUAAUAAUAUGAUUAAAUUGCUUCGUUGUCGAUACAAUCAAUGGUCAAUUGAUUAUCGAUCAACUAAUCAACAAUUUCCAAUGACUUAUCAUGGUUAAUUGGAGUAACUUUAAUCAUCCCAAUCGGUUAAAUGUAAAUCUUUGUAUAUUAUUAUUUAUCUUGUUGAUUUGUUUCAAUUUAUUGUCGCAUGUUAAUUGUCAAAAUUGUUCACCAUUAAGUUUACCCGUUUACGGUGAAUGGCCAACGGGCUCUUGUUUGAAUGUUGUUGGUCAACGAUGUUUAAUUGGGUGUCAACGGGGAUUUGAAUUGAUUGGGUCAUCGCAUCGGACAUGUUGCGAUAACGGUACUUGGACUGGUGAAGAUUCAAUGUGCAUAAAUCAACAAAUUCAAUGUCCACAGUUAAUUGUCCCUAAUGAUGGUCGGCUAAUCGGUAAUUGUUUACCUUUCGCUGGGGGAACUUGUAUAAUCCAAUGUUACGGCGAUUCCUUCAAUCGUUUGGUACAAUCGGUUUGUCAUAUUAACGGUUCUUGGUCUGAUCCUAAUCCUCGGUGUACAUUGACCACAACAACGACUUUAGCACCGCGUUGUCCACCCAUUAGUGGCCUUUCAAAUGGACAAAUUGAUAGUUCGUGUUCAGCUGGUUUUCCUGGUUCACUUUGUUCAUUUUCAUGCAAUUCUGGGUACAAAUUGGUUGGAUUAUCGACUCUUUCAUGUUUACCUGGUGGCCUUUGGUCGGGUGAAAUGCCCGUUUGUGCUCAAAUAAUGUGUCGCCCGUUAACCAGGUCACCAAAUACCCUCUUAAUGGGCAAUUGUUCACCAGGAAUUGUUGGUACAACUUGUACUUAUCAGUGUUUACGUGGUUAUAGCUUAGUCGGUGGUUCGGAGACACUUUUAUGUACAGAAACGGGUGAAUGGUCUGGCGCACCACCGACCUGUGAAUCUGUUUCGUGUCCUUCAUUAACUCGACCCUUAAAUGGUCAAUUGAAUGGGUCUUGUAAUCCAGGUAAGGCCAUGGAAUCGUGUAAUUUAAUCUGUGAUACUUGUUAUACUCCGACAUCUAAUCCAAGUUUAACUUGUCGGGAAACUGGCCAAUGGUCUGAUCCAUUGCCAAAUUGUAUACCCAUAACAUGUCCACGAUUACCUGGUCCAAUAGUCGGAUCUUAUUCUGGACAUUGUGAUCCAGGUCUUUGUGGUCAAACAUGUUUACUCAAUUGUGGGCCCAAUUAUAUUAAUCCAAUUACUGAAUUACGUUGCACACCCAAUGGGUGGGGAACGGCAAGUUUACCGACCUGUGAACGGAAAACUUGUCCACCAAUUCAACCCUUGGCCAAUGGUUACACCGAAGGUGUUUGUAGUCCAGGUCUAGUGGGUUCUACGUGUACCUAUCGGUGUAAUUUUGGAUUCGCACUUGUGGGUAAACCAAGUUUCGAGUGUCUACCCGAAACUAGUAAUUGGGCUAUCGGUGAAUUGCCCAUUUGUACAUCGGUAGUUUGUCCACCAAUUUAUCCACCGUCAGGAGGUAAAACUAACGGUACUUGUUCGGGUGCCACUUUUGGUUCAACUUGUUCAAUUUUCUGUUCACCGUCCCUCAAUUUAGAGGGUGAACCUUUGUUAACCUGUACCGGUAAUGGAACUUGGAAUCACCCAGUUCCUCGGUGUGUGGAAGCACCACCGAUAUCGUGUCCACCCUUAGUCGCCCCUUCUAAUGGUCAGUUGUCGGGCACCUGUUCACCUGGAUAUUCACAACGAACCUGUACAAUUCUAUGUUCUUCCGGAACUUUACCAAGUGGUCCAAGUGAAUUGACAUGUUUACCCAAUGGAAAUUGGGAUAAUCCGAUUCCAUCAUGUUCUGGUCGUUCAUGUCCACCAAUUUCUCCUCCUGAACAUGGUUACACGCGCGGGGAUUGUUCACCUGGUGUACCAGGUAAACUUUGCUCAUUCGGUUGUGAAAAGGGUUACUCAUUGUCCAGUGAAUCUCAACUGGUGACCGAAUGUUUCCCCGAUGGUACUUGGUCUAAUGAAGUACCAACAUGUAUCCAGGUCACAUGCGAAUCCUUAUUACCACCCUCACCAAAUGGUGGACUACAAGGUACAUGUAACCCAGGUUAUCCAGGGGAAAGAUGUUCAUUCACCUGCCCGGUGGGCUAUCGACUAAGAGGUCUUUCGAGUUCCCUUUGUCAACUCAAUGGUACCUGGUCAUCGGUUCCACCCGUUUGUACCUUGGCCUCUUGUCCGUCACUAAUUUCACCUCUUUGUGGUUACGCUUAUGGUACUUGUUCACCAGGUACUUUGGGUGAAACCUGUAACUUUACCUGUAAUCAGGGAUGUGCCCUGGAGGGUUUUAAUGUGUUGACCUGUGGGGAGGGCGGACGAUGGUCUCAUUUUCAGCCCAUUUGUCGAGAAAUCGGCUCUGAACCAACAUCUACACCAACAACGGUACCAGGAACUGAUCCAGAUCCCGACCCCGAUCCUGACCCUGACCCUGACCCGGAUCCUGAUCCAUAUCCUGACCCUGAUUAUACUGACCCUUAUCCAGAUGUAACCACAAUUAAACCUACAACCUCACCUAAGCCAACCAUCAACCCAACCACUGGUCCAUCGACCUUUUGUCAACCCUUACGUCCACCCCGAGGCGGUGUUCUUUACGGUAAAUGUGCACCAGGUAUUUCGGGUUCAACCUGUACCCUUGUUUGUUCAAGAGGUUACAGGUUAGUGGGUCAACUAGUGGUCACUUGUACAAACUCUGGCCAAUGGUCAGGGCGAUUAGGAAUCUGUCAAAUCGCAACAACUCAACACUGUGCCUCAGGUCGUUGUUGCCGUCCGCCCACUAUUCCGAUCAAUGGUCGGCUAUUCCGUUGUAACAAUUCAAUCGGAGGUCAAUGUCGGAUAACUUGUUCCGUCGGGUAUAAAGUUAACAUAAUUCAACCACUUAAAUGUCAACUUAAUGGUGAUUGGAAUUACAAUCCAGAUACAAUUAAGUGUAUCCAAUCAACUAAAACAGUUAUGUUUGUCUGGAGAUGGUUUGGUUAAUUGUUGACCAAUUUACACCAAACAAUUAAUAUCAUCGUCUCAUCAACAGCAAUUCAAUUCUUACCCAAGAGUGUUAAUAAUAACAACUUAAAUCACAAUUAAACAAAAUGGAAACACCGUUAAAAAACAAUAACCAUAAUCAUUGAACAAUUUAAUGAUAAUCAAUUUAAUUUAAUUGUCAUGGAUCAUCAAUGAUGUGAAACUAAAUAGUAAUAGUUAACUGGUUUAUCUAUCAACAAUUAAAUCAACAUUUAUAUAUAUUGUUAACUAUUAACGUGACAUUAAUCAUCAUGAUAAUAAUAAUAAUAAUAAUAUUGAUUAACUUAAAUUAAUUAUAAGAUGAAGUUAAUUGUUCAACUUUCUCACUCUUUUUUAUUUAAUUAAUUGUACAAUGUUUCUUAUAAAAGCAAAUAAAUUAAUGGUAAUACUUAAUUACUAAUUGUUGAUUGAUUGCGUGGUGAAAAAUUGAAAGCAAACUUUAAUUAAAUUGUUACGAUUGUUGUUUCCAAAGGUCUAAACUCAUUUGGGAUCAACUAAUCAACUAAAUUGUUACCAUUUAACAGCAAUUCAAUUAUCACGCAAUAGUAUCAAUUCAAUUCUUAAUAACAUAUUAAUCUAGUAACAAAGAUUAACACAUUAAACUGUUCAUCUCAUUAAUUAAUUAACUUGUAUCAUCAGACAAUUAAAUCAAUUUGCUUUCUGUUGUUAAUCAGUUGAUUGUAUGGAAAACAUUAU